AUGGACGUGACUCGGAGAGAUUCACGAACGGCAAGCCCAGUUGAUUCAAUAUGGCGCGAUUUACCUGAGCAUGUCUUCCGCCAGCACUUGGUCAGCCUACAGGAGAGAACUGGGCCAACGCCCAUGGAUCCUCAAGCCUUCUCGAUCGGAGAAUGGCUCUCAAUAUCUCCACCCGUCAACGAGUCCCAUGUGUUAUCAGUCGAUUUAGAGCAGCACCUUGCGGACGAUUUUGCUUUCUUGGCCGCUGUUGCUGAAGGUGCGCAGAGCGUUGCAGCAGUCUGCAUUGAAGAACAUUCUCAGACAUCAGGGAUGACGCUGAGAUUUGCUGCAAUGGAUAUCUCGAAAAAUGAGACCGUGAAAAGGGCUUUACAAGGCAUGUGCAGUAUCUUGUCACGGGCAGCUACUUUGGUGUCUGACGAAAGCCCUUCCGACCAAAUUACCCCUCUGUUCCAUCAUAUUAUUCAACUGCAUUUCUAUCGUUUGUUGGCCCGUCUCCGUUCUCCCAAAUGGGAGAAGCCAAAGUUUCUUUCAAAAAGCCAUAAAAAGCCCUUGUGGAAGGACUUCGCCAAUCUGGUUCACCGAGCACAGCACACUUACGCCAAGAAAGAGAAGGUAACAAGGGGGAUGGUUGAGAGCCGUGUAAAGGAACUCGCAACAGUCUACAAGCAUUUUGAGGCAUCUGAGGACCAGAUGUCCUCAAUGAUGGAACUGGUCGAUGCCAGCUUCAGAUUUUCCUCGGCAGAAGAGAUCAUGGACUACGCUCAGCGCCUUCAGAAUAACACAAAACACACUCAUCAGGUUGCAUCUGCCAUCAAAACGUUACGGCAGAUCCAAAAGAUUGCUUCCUAUCGCCGCAUAUGCUUGUCAUUGGUAAGCGCUGCGAGACAGUAUCCAACUUUGUUUCAGCAAGUGACGAUCGAGUACCUUGUCCCAUACAAGGAAGUUCCAACCUCUAUCGGAUAUCAUGAAUGGGCAACGACAUGUCACGUCCACGCCGAAGUCCAACUGGCAGUUUACUACGAUCUGAAUCGAAACUAUCGACCCAGAUGCAUCGGAACCUCGAAGUGGCUCUGUUACCUCUGCUACCAGUUUCUGUCGGCACAUAAUCAGUUCUUCCCAUCUAAAACACAUGGCCGUAUAUUCGAUCAGUGGACGGUUCCGGACUUGGUGGAAUUUAGUGAAGCUCUCGUUCAAUAUUAUCGCCGUAUCCUGAAGGAGAUGGAUGGCGUGGUGUUGCAGCAGAUUGAAAGUGAGCCUCAAGUUCGGAGGUUACAGCGAAUGACGAGCUGUGACUUUGGGGGAUUUGAUCAAAUCUGA